UCCUUAUUCCCACAAGCUCGGCCCCCCUUUGGGGGGCCAAAGACUUCGGCACCUGGUGCCCUCCCCGCGCGCGCGGGAGCCCCGCCAUCAGGCCCCCAUGAGGUGAGCCAGCGCCUCCAGAUUGUGGUGCCCGCCCGUGCGUCGAAUCAGUCGCCGUCCGGGCCACGAGCGGGAUCUGGACGGGGCGAACGAGGAUCGCGAACAGUGGGAAUCGACGGCAAUUUCGGGUGGGUAUAGCGGGGGUGGCUAGCCACGGACGCACGACGUGCGUGCAGCAUCCUCGGCCACCAGGCCCGCCGCACUAGAUCGGCGAGUCAAGCACUCGUGGCAAAAUGCCCGGUACCAAGAACGGGCUGGGAGGGAGGAGGCGGAGGGGAGGCGAGGAACGAGGAGGGAGCAGUCGGGGGGGGGCCAGCGGCGAAUGGAAAACGGCCCCUUCCCUUACAGAGGGGGGGAAGAGCUUGCUUAAGUUAGCUCACUAGUGUAUACAAACAGUUACAAGAAAAAGGGGGGACAGCUAAAGAAAAAAUAGUCCCAACGCUGUCGUGCACCCAUGGAAAAGAAGACGAAGGCGGAGCAAACCGGACCGCCGCGGACGUCCCAGCGACAGCCCAGCGUUCGGCGUUCGAGGCGAGAUUCCUGCGCACCCCCUCGUGUCGGAAUCUGGGGAGGGGGGGGGUCAUCAUCUACUAAAACAAAUAUUGGACAUGCAGAAGACCUACGGCCGUGCACUUGCCUCAAGCUCAUUUGCUCCACACAUGCCGCUGGAUGCGCGCCCGCGGUUUCGUGGUCCUCUCCCAAGAGAUCUUCGACGUCAAACCCUGCUCGCCCGAGAUGAUUGAUGAAAAACUUCAAGUACGGGGCACCAGCUUCAGACCUUACCCAAGCCCAUCCAAUCCCAAUAUCGCAGGCAACACUUUCCGACACGUAAUGGUAUCCUCCAGGGUGCCUGUCACACGCCCAAGAUAUUGCAAUGCUGGCGCAUGUGAAAUACACAUCAGCGCACCGCUCACCCAAUUUGCGCGUCUCGGCCUCCACGCGGAGCAACAUCUUUUGAGCGCCCACUCCACGAGGGAUGGAUAUCAAGACGUGCUUUCCCAGCGUUAUUAAAUGGAAGCGUUCACCAUGGAUGUGUUGCAGGUGGGGGUCGCCAGUGGCGCUGGCUGGGGCCGGGGUAGGCGCCGGCGUCGGCGCAUCGAGAAACACAUUGCUGCCGCCAUCUGCCGCUGCAUGAUUUUGCCACGACAAGUCCGCAGCACCGUGCCCUCCUGUGCGCGCACUUUCUUAGUAGAUCCAACAGUUCGGCGGGCUGUCCGUCGAGCAAGAAUAUUUACCGAAACAUCCUGCGACACUGACGGCUGGAUCUACUGCCACCACAACAAGUUUGCACCAAACACGCGACGUAAGGUGCGCAUUCUCAUCUUCACUAGAAACAAACACACUCUGGGUCUGACACAACAAGUAGGAUGCCAGCACAUCCUUGCGAAACUCGACCCAACUUUGCCCAUCACAAGUGGAUAUCUUGAACUUCGAAGGCGCUAGAUCGCCAAAAGCAAUGCUGAAUGCCAAAUCGUUAGCGAUGUCCGCGGUUUGGCGUGCAAUAAACACUGGCACCAGCAAUUGUGUCAGUUAUUGGAAGCCAUUGGAAGCCAUCCGUCGCUUGCGGGAGCACGACGAACAAGCAUACACCCCACUUCCACCGCAGGUGCUGGCGUAUUCGCCAUCGUGAGAGCAGCAUCGUGCAAGCCGUGGAGCAAAAGCGCCACCAAGCACAUGUGCAUAUAGUGCCUUCUCUGAAGCCGUCAUCCCAGCAGUCUCAACGAGAAGACAUACCAGACCUGCGUCGGUGAACGUUGAAGUACAGUCAACCCGCAUAAUAAGGAUUGGCCAUUUUCCCAAGGGUACUCUUGCAUCAUUGCCUCUUCGGUCCAUCCUGGCCACUUUCGUUGGCCGCGCCCUGCUCGAAAAGCUUCCAAACGGCAUUCCAAGGCCCCUUGCAUCCUCAGCGUGCGCCCUCAUGGUACGGGUCAACCGUGGUGUACGUUGGCCAGAGCGCUGCUUCAGCCAAAUACUUGAGGAAAACCACACCUGCGCGUCUUGGCCUGUUCUGGGCCGCCUCGGGGUCUGGGCCGCCCUGGGGAGGUGUCCAGAACCGCCCGCCGCCGAAAAAAACAGGGCGUGGGGCGUGACACCUCCUGGUGCGAAGCGCACGCUUGGACCCCAUGAGGCGGACGCACCGCGGGACCCUGGUCGCCCACAUGAUAGUACGAUUAUCGACCGGUCGGAAGAAGCAGGUAGAAACAUGAAGCGUGAAGGCGUUGAAAGUAGAUUGGGUGUCCGCCCGCCCCCCAGAGGGGACGGAAAAGGUGGAGCUACUCGAUC